AUGAAGACUUUUAUUACAGGUGUUGAAACUUUGAGGCCGUUGUCUUCAUUACUGGAUGCAGUUCGACCACCGACUGGCAGAGGCUCGACUCUAGAAGUACAUUCCACGCCUUUUGGUUGUGAGGUGUUUCUUAAUGCAGUGACCCGAGGCUCAGUGUGUGGUGUAGUAGGCAAUAGGCCAUCAUUGCUCCUGACUGAUGCAGCUACCGCACUUGGAUCUGAAGGUGGACCCGUCUUUACUGAAGGACCAAACAAGGAAUUGAUUGGCAUAGUGGUCUGCAGCGUAUCCUGGUGUCGCGGAGAAUGGGUGGGGCUUACCCUGGUAGCUCCAUUAAUAUCAGUACUCUCUGCCAAACUAAGGGUAGCGCCCGAGAAGCCCUCCAGACCUUUAAGUACACAUCCUUUGCAAGAGGUGUUAACGCAGGUCGACGAGUGCACGGUGCUGGUGCGCUGCGGGAACGCGUGGGGCGCCGGCGUGUACCUCGGCGCGGGGUACAUCGUCACGUGCGCACAUGUCGUCAAGUCGUACUUAAGCAACAAGCUCUCAAUAUACUGUCGGGGUAUAAACGAAACAGCAAUAGUAAGGUACAAAACGCCAGAUAAAAAAGCGUAUGAUUUAGCUCUUUUGUUCACAAACCCUCAACGCCUCGAACACAUGCAGCCCGCAAAGUUAUCCAACAUACCUGCAGAGAAAGGUGAAUCAGUAUUGGCAGCAGGGUUCCCUUACUACAACGAGUAUGACCUGACGAACCUCAUGCCGACCAUCACGUCAGGCCACGUCAACACCGUGUCUCCAUCCAUGAUUCAGACCUCCUGUUGUGUGCAAUCUGGCUUCAGCGGUGGGCCCAUAUUUAGAAUAACCAGACCGAAAAACGUAGUGGAAGUAAUAGGAAUAAUAGCUAUUAACGUGACAAGCGAUGGCGGGGCGUGCUUCCCUUACAUCAACAUGGCUGUUCCCGUCACGGUGUUCAGCUCACUACUUGCUCAAUACAUACUAGAAAAAGAUGAAACGAAAUUGAAGGCAAUAGAAAAUAACAAGGAAAUGAUCCAGUCACAGUGGAGACUGAUGCCGUACAGGUCCAAGAUUUGA